CGGCGCCCCCUACUGCCGAGGCGGCUAAUAGACGGUCACAGUAAACUGUAGUGGAAGGAAAAUGAAUCCCAUUUUCACUCCGUCACUUCACAGCCAACGACAUCAGUUUGUCGUCGAUUUUGUCAGAAAAAACAAACCUACGAAGGUCGCUGACCUGGGCUGCGGCGAGUGUAGGCUCCUGAAACAGCUCAAGUUUCAGCGGAGCAUUGAGCUGCUGGUCGGCGUGGACAUCAAUGGUGCCAAAAUCAAGAAAAAUAUGCUCAGACUGGCUCCUCUGUCAACAGACUACCUGCAGCCUACCUUCGACCAGCUCCACAUAGAUCUGUACCAAGGCUCAGUCACACAAAGGGACGCUCGGCUCACAGGGUUCGACUUGGUGACCAGCAUAGAACUUAUAGAACACCUCAUUCUUCCUGAUUUGGAGCUCUUUUCUUCUGUGGUUUUUGGAUACAUGAGACCAGCGAACGUCAUCAUCAGCACCCCGAACUCUGAAUUCAACAAACUGUUUCCUGGACUGACUGGUUUCAGACACAGCGAUCACAAGUUUGAGUGGAACAGAUCAGAGUUCAGAUCCUGGGCUCUUAAAGUGUGUUUGGAUUAUGGCUACAAGGCUGAAUUCACCGGAGUUGGAGAAGCGCCUCAGGAGCUGCAGGAAAGUGUCGGUUUCUGCUCCCAGAUUGGUGUGUUUCAACGUACGAACGUUUUACCCAACAGAUUUGAGGAGGAAGUGUUUUUCUACACUUUGGUGUACUCUGUAAAUUACCCCACUUUGUGUGACAACAACACUUUCAUCGAAGUCCUGCUGAGUGAGGUUGUGUAUAGGGCAGAACAAAUGAAGAACAGCUGGAUGGAGAAAACGACUGGAGGGACGAAUUGGGGUUUACCACACAGUCAGACUGAACAACAGAAACGAUCAGCAUGUACAGAAAGGUUGGAUUGUCCAGGUGGAGGUGAAGGGGAGGAGCUUACCGAGUCGCUUUGGACAACCAAGCAAGAAGAGUCCGGGACAUUAAACAGGUUUGUGGUCGUUCCUCUGGCGGCGCUCUGCUCCUUCUGUCCGAAAAUCGCUGAACUGAGUGGAAAUCUUUCAAACCUGAGACGUCUCCUGAUGGAUCAGCCUCAAGUUAAACUCUCUCAGGACGGAUUCUCUCUACUCGUAAAAUGUGAAGAACAAGAGCCAGAACAGAUUGACAGCGAUGAAGAGGAGGAUGAGGAAGAUGCGCCAGCCGUCCAGUGUUCCCAUCAAACUGAACCAGAGGAAGACUGGGAAGCAAAUAUUUGACUUGGAGAAAUUGGUUUUGUUGUAGUGUAAAUUAAUCCACCCUAAGGAGAAUGUUAAAAAAAAAAGGAAAAGUUUUUCAGUUCUUUUUUGUCUGAAGGCUCGUAAACUGAAAAUAAACCCGAACAAUGAAUCGUGAUUCUUCCACCUCAUAGAAAAACUCAAACAGCAUCGCGGCGUUUAAACUGUUUUAUUCAGCAGUGCUGGGGAGACAUUUUGCCGAUCAAUACAGUCAUUAGGGAAGCAGUUUGUCAAAAAAACAAAUCCGUAACAGAGAACACUCAACGUGUCAGAAAGUCACUUUACAAUAGAUUAGUUUACAGUUUUAAUUAGACGACAGCUUCACAGAAGAGAAAAGCACCAUGUUUGGAACAUGUUAGGUACCGAGAUGAGCGCCACACAGAUAAACGCUUUAUUCCAAACAAAAAGACAAAAAAAUCACCUUCAGACGAAAAGACAAAUGGCACCCAGAGUUUAAACAUUUAGUACCAAAUUGCUCAU